AAAAACCAAAAAACCAACACCCAACCCCCCCCUCAAAAACAAAAAACAAAAUGGCGGCCCACGUGCUCGCCUCCCGCCGUCUCCUCCUCUCCGCCAUCUUGCUUUUCCUCUCGACUCUCUUUUCUCAUGCCGCCGAGGCCGACAAGGAUGACUUAAGGCUCAAGGUCAUCCAGGACCGCCUCCUCGACCUCGUCUCGGCUCCCCCUCAGAGCUCGUCCUCCAACGGCUCGUCCUCGAGCUCGUCCUCCAACGCCCCCCCGCCGCUGCAAGUCCUUGAGGGCCUCCUCUCCGGCGGGCGGGGGAAGGAGGCCGGGCUGCUGGCCCUCGAGGCGCUCGUCCUCGGCGCCCGAAGGCCCGACGCGGCCGCCAUCUUGAGUCGCUUCCUGGGCGAGCUCCGCCUCAGGGUCUCCCCGGCGCUCCUCGAGGCGCUGGGGCGGCUUAAAGAGCAGGUCCUCGAGGCCGACUCGCUGGACCACGCCCUCCGAGCGCUCGACCUCGACGCCGAGGCGCUGGGCCACCUCCAGCAGCGGCUUCUCGAGGGGGACGCGCUGGGCCUCGAUCUCGAGCUCAUCCUCAAGACGGGCCAGGAGGCCUUAGCGGGCUGGGACUUGACGUCGGUGCUCGAGGCUCUGCUUCGGUAUGCUUCUCCAUCUUCUUCUUCUUCUUCUUCUUCUUCUUCUUCUUCUUCUUCUUCUUCUUCUUCUUCUUCUUCUUCUUCUUCUUCUUCUUCUUCUUCUUCUUCUCCUUCUCCUUCUCCUCCUUCUUCUAAACCUCCUCCUCCUCGAAAGCAGGACAAGACGCCCCGCCUCCUCCGACCUCUCCUGACCUCGCUCUUGAAGCAGUACGAGGUCGACCUCGACCCCGACGCCGUCCUGGAGGUCGUCGCUCCCUUCGCCAAGGCCGAGGUGCUGACUCAACUCCUCCCCUUGGUUGCCAUGGCGACGCGGGGCCGGGCAGGUCAGGGGGCGGAGCCUAGGCGAGGAAAGGCAGGUCAGGGGGCGGGGCCUAGGCGAGGAAAGGCAGGUCAGGGGGCGGGACUUGGGGUCUUAGGGAACGUGUUGGGGGCGUGGCUUUCAGGCCAGGAGGAGGAGAAAGGGGCGGAGCUUGGGGUCUUGGGGAACGUGUUGGGGGCGUGGCUUUCAGGCCAGGAAGAGGAGAAAGGGGCGGAGCUUGGGGGCGUUUUAGGGGGUGUCGGCGCACUCUUAGGGGGGGGAGGGGGGCUGGACAUGAAGACGAUGAUGCAAUUUGCUUCCUUAUUCGGAGGAGGAGGAGGAGGAGGAGGAGGGAAAAGGAGGAAGGAGAAGAGAGGGAGAGAAGAAGAAGAGGAGGUGAUGAUGAUGAAGAUGAAGAGAGGAAGAGAAGAGGAGGAGAAGAUAAUAACGAUGAAGAAGAGGGGAAGAGAAGAGGAGAUGAAGAAGAACAAGAGAAGGAAAGAAGAAGAAGAGAUGGAGAAGAAAAGGAGAAAAGAAGAAGAGAUGGAGAAGAAAAGGAGAAAAGAAGAAGAGGAGGUAAAGAAGAACAAGAGAGAGAGAAGAGAGGAGGAGGAAAUAAAGAAGAAGAGGAAGAGAGAGAGAAGAGAGGAGGACGGACUGACGAGCCUCCUCUCCGUCGCGAACAAAAUGGCGGAACAAAACGGCCUCGAUUUUGAAACAAUUUUGGAAUUUUCGUCGAAGUUCCUCGGAGAUGGGAGGAAGGAAGAAGGAGGAAGAGGAAGAAGGAAGGAAGAAGGAGGAAGAGGAAGAAGGAAGGAAGAAGGAAAGAGGAAGGAGGAUUUAGGAAGAAAGGAAGGAGGAGGAAAGAACGAGGAAUUAGCAGUAGGAAAGGAGGAGGGAGGAAGAAGGGAGGAAGAGAAGAGAGUGGAGGAAGAGAAGAAGAAACAGGAAGGAGCGAGAAACGAGAAAGAGGAAGGAAAGCGAAACGAGAAGCAGGGAGGCGAGCGAGACGAUGGCGGGCGUGCGGGCGGCCCGUCGCUGGCGCGCCUGCUGCAGCGCCUCCUGGCGGCGCAGAUGCGCGAGCGCGGCUGCGGGCGGCGCCUCCUGGCCGCGGCGGCCGCGGGGCGGGCGUUCGCUGCGCAGCGGCUGGAGGGCGUGGGCGGCCUGGAGGGCGUGCUGGCGUGGCUGGAGGGUGUGGGCGCUGCGGGCGUGCCCCUCGAGGGCGUGGACCUCGCGGGCGUCGCCUCGACCCUGCGCGGGCUCGCCCGCCAGGCGCAGGACCUCGACGGGUCGCUGCUCGAGGACGUCCUCGACAGCCUGGAGGAGAACCCCGCGCUAGCGGACGCCCUGGCCGCCGCCGCCGCGCCGCCUGCGGCCUCGCUGGCCCUGCUGCUGGCCGCGCCCCCCGCGCAGGAGGCCCUGCGGCAGGCCGCGGCCCCGAGGCUGCAGGCCGCCUUCGCCUCUUUCGGCCUCGGCGACGUCACGCUCGACGACUUCCCCGAGCGGCUGGCGCCCCUGGCGGGGCUCCUCGGCCGCGCCUGGGGCCUGGGCCUCGACCCGGCGGCGGCGCUGCUGCGGCCGCUGCGGGAGCUGCUGCGGGCGGCGCGGGCGGAGGCGGCGGCGGCGCUGGAGGGAGCGCGGGCGAUGGACCAGGCGGAGCUUCGCCGCGCCGUCUACCGAGCUCUCCGCGAUGACGUCAUCGGCACGACCCUUGACGUCAGAAAAGGAAUGACGUCACGCAAGUGUUUCUCCCAGAGGCUUUGUGACGUCAUUCGGGGUCGCCGCGUGACGUCACUGGGCAGGGCCGUCGCCAGCGUGGCUGGCGUUACCAUGGCAACGGGCGUCGAUGGCGUCACGGAAAAAGAAAUUUGCAAUUUUUUGAACGACGUUUUGCUAUCCCUCGAAGGAAACUGUAAGGAUUCGGGUGGCUGUGAGGAGGAAGACGAAGCCAGUGCCGGACGGAUGGACCUCAAAUACGAACACAACGAACUGUGAAAAUAACCGUAUAUUAAAAUUGUUAUUAUUAUUAUUAUUAUUAUUAUUAUUAUUAUUAUUUGAUUGAUUUAUUUAUUUUAUGUAUAUGAUCAAGUUUCUAAAAGUGUUUAUUUUUUCCUUGAUAUAGAUUUUUUUUCCUUCACA